AUGAGGGACAAAGCCAACCGCCGCAAGGCCGCCGUCGCCGUCGUCCUCACCGCCGCUUCCAAGCUCACCGCCUAUUUGGUCAUCCUGUUGCUAACCUACGCUCUGGGUUACCUAUCAUCCUCUACCUCUACGGCGUCGUUUUUAUCCUCAUCCGUAUCUCCGUCUAAUUCCGAAAUUAUCCCUACUCAUUCGACCCCUCAACUCUUACAGGUCACUGACGCACCUGUCAACAUCGGCCAAUUUCGAAUCAGAACACGCUGUUCCCCACCCAUCCCUCACCGACAGGUCCGUUUAACAAUCCUCGAGAAGGUCUUCAAGGGGGAAUCUCCAUUCCUCAACUUCCCUCCGCCGCACGUGGCGGAGCUUCUGCACCCGAAGAAUAUUAAGGGGUGGGGCUCCAACGGCGCCGUUUUUGAGAACCUUGUGAGACGAGUAAAGCCACGGACUAUAAUCGAGGUGGGUUCGUUUUUGGGAGCGUCAGCGACUCACAUGGCCGAGUUAACUCGGCAACUCGGCCUCCAGACUCAGAUUCUUUGCGUUGAUGACUUCCGUGGGUGGCCCGGUUUUCUUGACAAGUUCAAGGAGUUGUCGAUGGUAAACGGCGACGUAUCACUUCUUUACCAGUUCAUGCAAAACGUGGUUGCCAAGAACGCGUCCGGUUCGGUUAUUCCGUUGCCGUUCUCAACCGGGUCGGUUCUGGAUAGUUUUUGCGAGUGGGGGAUCUAUGGGGACUUGAUCGAGGUGGACGCGGGUCACGACUUUAACUCGGCCUGGUCCGAUAUAAACCGGGCUUACAGGAUCCUUAGACCAGGUGGGGUUUUAUUCGGCCAUGAUUAUUUUACUGCUGCGGAUAAUCGAGGGGUAAGACGGGCAGUUCAUUUGUUUGCUCAACUCCAUGGUUUCAAAGUCAAACCGGAUGGUCAACACUGGGUUCUUGUCUCUCAUUAA